AUGGAAUCCAAGGAAUCCAUGGAACCCAAGGAACUCAAGGAAUCCAUGGAACUCAAGGAAUCCAUGGAACCCAAGGAACUCAAAGAACCCAAGGAAUCCACGGGAUCCAAGGAACUCGACGAAUCCAAGGAAGUCAAGAAAUCCACGGGAUCCAAGGAACUCGAAGAAUCCAAGGGAUGCAUGGGAUGGGUGAAUACGACAGAACGACAAGUGUUUCAAAAAUUAGAACGAAGGUGA